UUCUUAAAAAAUCACGACGUCAGACUUUGAAUCGGAUAUCCAUUUGACCAUACCGUCUGGAUACUACGAAGAUUACGUUUCUGUGUAAAAGUCCAUCGCAUGUUCUCAAAAAAUAAAGUAGGAGAAAAAAAGAACUGAAUGGUUUUUUUUUUUGAAAAAAAAAGAACUGAAUGGUUGGUUGGUGAAGAAAGAUGAUACGUAGCUUCCGGUUUAGAGCUCCGACGAACCAUCCCGGUUCCUCCAUCAAAACCGACCACAGCCACCGGUUAACCAGGUUUCCGACGAGAUGCUCGUCACCAGAUCUCAGCCAUUACAGGGUUCUUGGUUUAACUCCUUUUGCAUCUCAAGCCGAAGUCAAGCGAGCCUUCAAACGUCUCGCUCUUAAGUACCAUCCAGAUGUGCAAAAGGGACAGGAAAAGGAUUUCAAGGAGAUCAUAUCAGCUUACGAGUGUUUGAUGCAAAAGUUUGAGAAUCAAGAAGAAGAAGAAGUAGAGGAGCUAACAGAAUUGGAUGAAACCGACGAGUGGGAGGAAUGGAUGGGCUUCGAAGGUGGGAUACCAUCAAGCGUGUACACUUCUUUUUAGAGAAAAUAUCAACGUGUACUGGUUACACCAAAAUAGAGGUAGAGUCAGAUAAACCAAGAUUUUGAUUGAACUGUCACCGGAGAAAAGAUAUAAUAUGGAAUUGAAAUGUUUGAAUUUUUAAAAAAUAUUAGUUGUUUUUAUGAUAAUAAAUUAUGGUGUAAACAUAAAAAUUACCUUUUUUAAUUUG